GUUUUAGUUAAGGUGGAAAUGGCAAUGGAACAGCUCGUAGAAAUGUAUAAUGAAAUCGAAGACAACCAUUCAUGGAAUUCUGUUUAUCAGGAGAUAGAUAAACAAUCUUGCAAAGAAGAGAGAAAAUUGAAACUGACAACAAAGGUUGCGCAUUCAUGGGAGAAUGCUGAUCGAAAUCGUUAUCGAAACGUCUUAGCAUAUGAUACAAGUCGUGUUGUGUUGAAGCGGGAAAAUAGUGAACGAUCUGAUUAUAUUAAUGCUUCGCGACUAGUUGUUCCAACUGCCAAACGUAAUUAUAUUUUAACACAGGGGCCACUUUCAACAACUAGUAACGAUUUUUGGCAAAUGGUGUGGGAGCAGAAUAGUACGCUUAUAAUUAUGUUAAAUAAGCUGGUAGAAAAGGGACUACCGAAAUGUCAUGAUUAUUUUCCGUCUUUGAGUAGUCCUGCGCGCGAGUUCGAUUCUUUUAAUGUGGUUUUAAAAGACGAACAAGAUUUUGAUGACUAUGUGAUUCGAGAUUUGGAACUCUUACGAAAAACUGGCGAUAUUUUGUUAGAAAAAGAUGAACCGGAUGGACCAUUUUCACGCAUGGUCAAACAUUUUCAUUUCACAAGUUGGCCUGAUUUUGGUGUCCCUCAUUCAACUGCUGUGUUUAUUGGAUUUUUACAAAAAGUACGUGACACCGGACUUUUGUCUGGAAAAGAACCUACUGUAGUGCAUUGUUCAGCUGGUAUCGGUCGAAGUGGGACAUUUGUGGUAGCAGACUCAGUUUUGUCAAUGGUUGAACAAAAUGUAAAGAAGAUUGACGUAACAAACUUGGUUAUAGAAAUGAGGAGGUCAAGGAUGGGAUUGAUUCAAACACCACAGCAGUUGCAGUUUUGUUGGAAAACCAUCGCUGAUGCAUUACGACAGGGAGUUAUUACUAAAAAUAUGAAAUGUGAUAAGGAGAAAUUUGUCAGCGAUAAAUUUGGGAGGGAUCUUUUGGCUGUGCCUAACAAUCAUAAUAAUGGCGAAACGAAUGAAAUACCACACUUAGAAAGAUCUCAAGCAAACCAGAUGACUACGGAUUUACAUUCCAAGUCUUGUAGUGACUUGUCACCUCUUCGGAAAAGAGCUUCCACGGACUCUUACGAAACGGAUAAGGAAACAAAACAUGCAAAAAGGAAGAAGCGUAUAGAGGGCAUGCGUGCGCGCCUCUUGAAAUGUGAAAGUGCUCGUAAAAAAUGGCAUCACAUGACGAUUGGUUGCACUGGUAUUGGAUGCACAUGUGCAGCAGUUGCAGUUGCCUUUGCUGUAUAUUGCAUUUAUCGUUUAACCUCAUGAUAUCACUGAUAUCAUUUGUUUCCAAUUUAAUUCAAUUGUGAUUUUGUGGAGUGACAAAUUUGUUCACAAAAUUCGUAAAAGUGGUCUAUUAAAUAUAAGAACUGUUCAUCAGGAAAAAUUUGUAAUUGUAUAUCGAAGAAUAAUCGGGAAUCUGUUACUAUAUCUAAGGCAGCUUAGUUGAUUCUUGUGGAAGUAAUAAUGCAUGUCGGACGCCUUUAUU